AUGGCCGACACCGUCCUUCGUCCAGACGAACCUGAAAAUGCAGGCACCAUUGAGUUGAAGGAGAAUACUGUCGUCGUCGUACUCGGCGCUUCAGGUGAUCUCGCCAAAAAGAAGACUUUUCCGGCACUGUUCGGCUUGUUCCGGAACAAAUUCCUCCCUAAAGACAUCAAGAUCGUCGGAUAUGCUCGAACCAAGAUGGACCAUAAUGAAUACCUUCGGCGGGUUAGAUCAUACAUAAAGACCCCCACAAAAGAGGUGGAGGAACAACUCGACCAAUUUUGCUCCAUUUGCACCUAUAUUUCUGGCCAAUAUGAUCAGGAUGGCCCGUUCCAGGUGCUUGACAAGCACAUUAUUGAGAUUGAGAAGGGUCGCAAGGAGGGAAAUAGAGUUUUCUACAUGGCUCUACCUCCUAGUGUCUUCAUCACCGUUUCGCAACACCUCAAGAGAAACUGCUAUCCUAAGAACGGCAUUGCCAGAAUCAUUAUCGAGAAACCCUUCGGCAAGGAUUUGGCCAGCUCACGGCAGUUGCAGAAGGCCCUCGAGCCAGACUGGAAGGAAGAGGAGAUCUUCCGUAUCGAUCACUAUCUCGGAAAGGAAAUGGUGAAGAACUUGCUCAUCCUCAGAUUUGGUAAUGAGUUCCUUGGAGCCACCUGGAACCGCAACCACAUCGACAGUGUGCAGAUCACAUUCAAGGAGCCUUUCGGUACUGAAGGACGAGGUGGUUACUUCGACGAGUUCGGCAUCAUUCGUGAUGUGAUGCAAAACCAUCUGCUUCAAGUCUUGACCCUCCUCGCCAUGGAACGACCCAUCUCUUUCUCGGCAGAAGACAUUCGUGAUGAGAAAGUCCGAGUUCUCCGAGCUAUUCCCCAAAUUGAGCCCAAGAACGUCAUCAUUGGUCAAUAUGGCAAGUCUUUGGAUGGCACCAAGCCCGCAUACAAGGAAGAUGACACAGUUCCCAAGGACUCGAGAUGUCCGACAUUCUCCGCCAUGGUGGCUUUCAUCAAAAACGAGAGAUGGGAUGGUGUGCCCUUCAUCCUAAAGGCUGGCAAAGCACUCAACGAGCAAAAAACCGAAAUUCGAAUCCAAUUCAAGGACGUCACUUCCGGGAUCUUCAAGGACAUUCCCCGAAAUGAGCUCGUCAUCCGUAUCCAGCCCAAUGAAUCAGUCUACCUCAAGAUGAACUCCAAGUUGCCCGGUCUGUCUAUGCAAACAGUCGUCACAGAACUCGAUUUGACGUACAGACGCCGAUUCUCUGACUUGAAGAUCCCCGAGGCUUACGAGAGUUUGAUUCUUGAUGCCAUGAAGGGUGAUCAUUCCAACUUUGUUCGUGACGACGAGUUGGAUGCUUCCUGGAGAAUUUUCACUCCUCUCCUGCAUUAUCUCGAUGAAAAGAAGGAGAUUGUUCCUAUGGAAUAUCCUUAUGGCUCUCGUGGUCCUGCCGUUCUCGAUGACUUCACAGCUUCUUACGGCUACAAGUUCAGCGACGCGGCCGGGUACCAGUGGAACACCCAGAGCACACCCAACAAGUUGUAG